AUGUCUUCUGAGGAGAAUGCCACGACCAUCCCUCCGCCGGGCACCUGGGCAUCCGGAAGACACUCAGGAGGAUCGCCCAACAUUACUUCUGGCCUGGACUUCAUCGGGACGUGGUACGGAAACACCAUGCUCCUGGUUUUCAUCGAUAUAUUCUCCAAGUGGGUAGAGCUCAUCCCAUUGAAGAAGGCCACUGCCGCCCAACUGAAGUUCGGAUUCCGAGAAAGGAUCCUCGCUCGCUUUGGAGCCCCCAGGAGGUUGACAACGGCACGCAAUUCACCAGCGGGCUUCCGGGCGUUCUGCCGGAACAACGGUAUUCAACUGGAAUACACCGCUCCGUACUCUCCCCAGCAAAAUCCGACGGAGCGCGCCAACCGUACUAUUAAGACAAUGAUAUCACAAUAUGUAAAUCAGGAUCAUCGGACAUGGGACCAACUACUGCCCGAGAUCUUCCUCGCCAUAAACACCAGCAUCUCAGAUAGCACGGGGUUUAGUCCGGCUUGUCUAGUACAAGGUCGGGAGCCUAGGUUGCAAGGUGCCCUCUUCAAUGCGGUCGCAUCCGACUUACAUGCCUCGCCAUUGGACCCAACGGAACGAGCCAAAAGGCUUCAGGAAGCGUUCCGCACCGCCCUGGAAACCAAUCAGAUAGCUUCUCAGGAACAAAGUCGACAGUACAACCUGAGGCGACGUGAGUGGCGAUCCCAAAUAGGUUCACAGGUGCUAGUCCGUCUUCACCAUCUGUCCAAGGCCAGAGAGGGCUUCAACGCAAAACUUGCACCGAAGUACGCGGGUCCAUUUAAGGUGGUGAAAUUUCUACAGCAGGUAGACGGCCGGAAGAGGCGUACAGCUGGCAUAGGCGAUCUAAAGGAAUAUCACCCGCGCGAAAAACAACACGACGACUCUACAGAAGACCCCAGGAGGAGCGAUUCUCAACCCACACUUGAUGACGUACCCGAUACAACUCUACCAGAAUAG